AGUGUCCUGGUGACGGAGCAGAGACGCAGCGAUGGAGUUCCUCUCAGCGAUCUUCUCCGCGGUUUUCGUGUUUGUGGUCAGUGCCGGGGCCCCCCAUGAUGAUAUACACUGGACGUACACAGAGGGGGCUUUGGACCAGAUGCACUGGGCAACCAAGUAUCCCGCCUGCGGGGGCAAGAAGCAGUCCCCGAUUGACAUCCAGCGGCGCAGCGUGCGGCACAACCCCGACAUGCUGCAGCUGGAGCUCAGCGGGUACGACGCUCAGGCCGGGAACUUCCUCAUGACCAACAACGGACACUCGGUUCAAAUCGACCUGGCUCCCAGCAUGGUGAUCACUAAGGGCCUUCCAGGAAAAUACACAGCUGUCCAGAUGCACCUGCACUGGGGUGGUUGGGACCUGGAGGCCAGCGGAGCCGAGCACACCAUAGAUGGAAUCCGCUACAUGGCAGAGCUCCAUGUCGUCCACUACAAUUCCGACAAGUACAAGAGCUUCUCUGAAGCCAAAGAUAAGCCCGGCGGACUGGCAGUACUCGCCUUUUUCUAUGAUGAUGGACAUUUUGAGAACACCUACUAUAGCGAUUUUAUCUCAAACCUGAACAAAAUCAAGUAUGCAGGUCAGUCCAUGAACAUAUCGCGGGUCGAUGUGCGGUCCAUGCUCCCCGAGAACCUCAACCACUUCUUCAGGUAUGAGGGCUCCCUCACCACUCCCCCCUGCUAUGAGAGCAUCAUCUGGACUGUGUUUGAUACACCCAUCACGCUUUCACAUAACCAGAUCAGGAAACUGGAGAGUACUCUAAUGGACAUGGACAACAAGACCCUGUGGAAUGACUAUCGCAUUGCUCAGCCGCUCAACCAUCGUGUGGUGGAGUCUUCUUUCCUGCCGCGCCUUGGGAAAGGAACAUUUUGUAGGCAAGAUGAAAUCGAAUCCAAGCUACUGAGAAUUGAGGGUUUGAUAACAUCUCUUGGAAAAAAAAUUCAUUCAGGAGGACCUCGUGGCUCACGGCCUUACAGAUACGACCAAAACGAUCUGUUUCCUCUGGUACUCAACUUCCAGGAGAGAAAUUCUGGCAGCUAUGCCUUGGCCCGCAUCAGCCAUCCCAUGGAUCUGGAUUCCUUCACUGUCUGCAUGCAUGUCCUGCCUCAGGUUGAAGGUGUCCACACUGCCAUCUCCUACUCCAGCAACGGCAACGACAACGAGCUCAUGAUCACCAUCGGCGAAGACAGAGAUGGAAGAGAGGUGGGCCUCUGGAUCGGCAACGAGUUUGUCAACCUGCCGCAUAAUUUCAGGCCCCACGACUGGGCGAAUUACUGCGUCACCUGGUCGUCCCACACCGGUGGGGUGGAGCUCUGGAUCAACGGCAUGGUGGGGGAGCAGCGGUACCUGAAAACCGGUUACACGGUCAGCCCCGGCGGGGUGUUCAUUCUGGGAAAAGACCAGGAUGGAUUGCUGGGAAUCUCCAACUUGGACGCCUUCGUGGGUAAGAUGACCGACGUCAACGUUUGGGACUAUGUGCUAACCACAGCAGAUAUCAGGUACCAGAUGUCAUGUGAGAGUAACAGCACGGUGGUGGGAAAUGUGCUCAGUUGGGGAAGCACCAAACUCAGUCUGUAUGGAGGGGUACAGCUGGACAACCAGUACCGAUGCACCUGAAAGGCCUCCGCUGCUUGUCUUAGAAAUGCUGCAAUAAACACAAAUAUUACUGCUGAUGGUGGGGUUUCCAAAUGCUUAUGGUAUGCGUAAUGAAGGAUAAAAAACCUGUCGGCACAUGUAGGUCUAUAUUUAAAAUGUAUGUCACAGCUUCCUCUAUGUAUUCAUAUCUGUACAUCUUUAAUAAAGGCUUUUUAAGAGA